AACGAAAUUAUCCAUGAAAUUAAACGCAGAAGAACUUAGGAUAAUACUGGGAUUUUGGAAGAAUCGCCGGACGGAGAAGUUAUGAUGACGAUUUUAUCAAAUCCUCUCUCUCCGAGACUUACAUUUCUAUGUGAAAAACUGUCGUUAUCACUUUCUCCACAAUCUCGGAGUAAACGCUCGGUAUGUUGUUCAUUGAGUAAAGAACCAAGAUACCAAAGCUUGAGUCGGAGAAAUCUUGUAUAUGUUUUGGUUUCGUCUUCGUGUUUGUUCCCGGAUUCACCUUCAUCUGCAAAGAGUAAAUCUAAGAGCCCUUAUGAUGAGAGACGGUUACUAGAACAGAACAAGAGGAUACAGAGAGAGAACAAUGCUCCAGACGAAUUUCCCAACUUUGUUAGAGAAGGUUUUGAGGUUAAGGUAGUAGCUUCAGAUAAUUACAUAAAGGCUGAUUCAGGACUCAUAUAUCGGGAUUUCAAUGUUGGUGAAGGUGAUUACCCAAAAGAUGGUCAGCAGGUGACUUUUCACUAUAUUGGAUACAAUGAGUCCGGAAGGCGAAUAGAUAGUACCUAUAUUCAGGGCUCUCCUGCCAAAAUCCGCAUGGGAACCAAUGCACUUGUUCCAGGAUUUGAAAUGGGUAUUCGUGACAUGAAGCCAGGUGGACGAAGAAGGAUUAUCAUCCCUCCAGAGUUGGGACCGCCGGUGGGACCUUCGACCUUCUUCAGCUCGAAGCAAUUUGAAGUUUUCGAUGUGGAGUUGCUAAGUAUCCAGAACUGUCAGAGGAGGACAAUAGGAUUCUACUCAGAUGUCACAUGCAAUUAACUUCCUAGUGGUGGUGUUCAUCCCCUAACCUUCUUCAUUGCCAUUCUUCUUAAAGUGAAACUCUAAAACUGCAAAGAAGCAAAAAGCUAAAAUCUGUUUUGAUUAGGCAAAAUAUCUUAUGAGUUUCAUGAUGAGGUAAAGAUCAUGUAAAAAAUCUCGACCUUUUCAAAAAUCGCAGUUUACUUUUUGUUGCUUGGUUGAUCACGUUUUAAGCGUUCGAGAAUUUGUUUUCUUUCU